AUGGGUUGCUGUUUUGAGAAUGAUGACACCAUAAAACCAAAAACUUAUAUAGAGCAUGUCUUCAACUUCAGUGUAGGACGAUGCAUCAUCCGGUUAAAACCAGUUUUUGUUUGGACUGUAACAGGAUUCUCUGUCUGUGUAGAGACAAGGCCCUCCGCACUGGCGUAUACAGUUGCUACAAGAACAGAAGAUAUGCAUAUAUCAACAGAAUAUGGAGAUAGAAUACUGGCUACCAGUAACCUUCUCUACAAUACAGAUCCUGGUUGGCCUAAUGUAUUCUCCUUUGUAUUUGAGAAGAAUCCCUUGGUGACAAAUACAGAUUACAGGCUAGAGAUGCGCUUGCUUCCCCUCCAUGUAUUUUACCAGGAAAUUGUUGGCUCAGAACUUCUAGAUUUCUUUUUCCUUCCCAAUACUGAUUCUUUAGAGGUUACAUGGGGUGUGAUAUACCAGUCGUAUCUGUAUGCUAGACAGUUUUCUCGCUUUGUCCAGAACUGUCUUAAUUCAAGAAUGACCUGUGACCUGAAAGUUGACCUACAUAAUCCCUGCAUUGAGAUCGGGCAAAUGGGAACCAUCUCUACAGACGCUAAUAAACUAGUCAUUCAUUGUGGGCAUCUUCAAUUAAGCUGCGUCAGAUCAGAGAAACAGUGUGAGAAUGAUCACACUGGCUGUUCGACUAAUCUAUCAGGAUGUGAGAAUGGCUUCACAAGAUGUGAGGAGCAUGUGAGAAUUAUCUCCAGGAUAGAGUGUUUAGUGACAGGGAUGGCUGUUAUACUAGCUCCUGGAGCUAAAUCCUUUCCAGUUCUUACUCAGGACCCUUCCUCAGAAUAUCACCUGGUGCCAAAUACAAAAGCUGAGCUGACCCUAAGCUCAGUAUCCCCCCAGCAGCCCUGGGUUCUUGACAUCUUCAUCAAGUGUGUUAAGCUUAACCUGUCAGAUAAGAGGGUUGGUGAAAUUAUUGAUUUUCUGCGAGACCUGCCUCUGCCCCAGCGAGCUGUCCUGCCUAACCUGGAUACUCCUAUACGUUGGAAGAUUGACAAAAGAUGGACUGUGCCUAAUAUUGGUAAAUUAGAACUUCUAUACUUGGAAACACAACUUUCUACCCAACAACAAGAACAGCAGCAACAUGAAAAACAACAACAGCACAAACAAAGUUUCAAAAAUCACGACAACAAAGAUGUUCAAAAGCGAAGUAGGAGCCGGAAAGUUGCCCCUCCCGGAUCUGGAUUAGUUGACCCGGGUGUUGAUAUCUCCGGAUAUUGUGCUGCUGUGGAUCUCCCUGGUCUAGAGGAUAAUAUAUCUCCAGGAAAUCCAAUGCGUGCCUUGUUAAAGCUUUCAGUGAAGGAUUUGUCUCUUGUCUUCGGAAAGGAAACAGAAAACGUGACAAGAAGUUACCUAAAUCUGGCAGUUAUGGAUUAUAGUCUGGAUGUUGGUAUUCUUCAGUACGGUCCAGCUGUACAGGUAAACGAUUGUAUCCUUGCUAUGAUACAAAUCUUAGACCUACAUCUCUGCAUGUUGAGCAAUUAG